AUGCAGGCUCAAGCGCCAUCCCGUGCGCCCCUCAAGGCGCUCCUCGCCAUCCGGGCUCGCCUGAGCCCGCCUCCUCCUCCCCUCGCUCCCGACAGCGCCGCACCGCCUCGCUCUGCCCUCGACACGGCGACCGCGGGCCUGCACACCUGGCUGGGCGACCUCGCAGCACUCGACGGCCAGCCUCCCGACGCCGACAGCGACCUCGCCGCACUCGUCCGCGAGAAGCACCUGAGCUACAAGGUCCCGAGCGGCGCCGAGAAGGAGAAGGGCGCCGGCCCAGACGGCACCAAGGCCGUCGCCAUGCUCGACGCCAUGCGCGACCUCGUCACCUGGCUCCUCGACCGGGUCCUCGACAAGGGCGAGAAGGACAAGGUCGCGCGAGGGUGGGACGAGGUGCUCGUCGCCGUCCUGCUCGGAAUCGAGCGUCACCUUCGCGACAACGACUUUGACGACGGCCGUACGCCCGACGAGGUCCUCAAGUGCCGCAAGCUGUUCUACAACCGCCUCUACAAGCCGCUCCUCCGCGUCGUGUUCCCGACCCUGAAUGCGACCGCGCCCGCCGGCUUGGUCUUGGUCACGGGCCAGACGGUCGACGCGGCGAGCUCGUCGAGAACCGUCCCGAGGUGGGCCAAGUACGCCGCGCUCGCGACGCUCGCCGCGUCGAUGAGCAAGAACAAGUACGCCAAGUCGACCCUGAGGGCGCUCCUUCCGCCCGACUACCUCGCCGCCAUCUUUCAGUCGGGCGCCGACUCGCACCUGUCGCACCUCGCCCUCGAGGUCGCCUUCCGCAUCGCGCCGCCUGCGCCCAAGCCCAAGUCGCGCGAGGCGACAGCGGCGGCGGCCGACAAGGCGCAGGCCGAGGAGCGCAAGACGUUCGUCGUCGCCCUGUUCCCGCCGAGUCGGUUCGGCUACGACUGCGUCAAGCUCCAGAAGCGGUUCGACGAGCUCACGGUCGUCGACUGGUUCGAGCAGACCUCGCGCCUGCUCCAGGAAAUCGCCGACGGCCACAUCAAGCGGGCGCAGCCGUUCCGGGUCCUGUCGCUCGACUACAACGGCUACCCGCUCCUCGACCGGCCGCACGACUCGCAGCGCCCCAGCUCGGCCGUUCCUGACAAGCCCGACCUCGACGAGAUCGCCGACGGCUUCUACGAGAGCAACAUGCUGUGGUUCGGCCGACACGAGCUCGCCAUCGACCUGCACGAGCCGCCCGAGAUGGUCGAGCGGCACAAGGAGGAGCGCAGGAGGCUCGGGAUCGAGAGCACGGCGGCCGGCGAGGACGAGGGCGACGGGUACGAGGUCGAGAAGGAGAGGGCGGUGGUCGAGCUCAGCGCGGUCCACGCCGUGCACGUCGACGACCUCGGGACCGACCUCGAGCUCAUGCGCGUCAUGUUCAUCAUCGCCGACUCGUCGCCGCUCAAGCUCGGCAACCGGGCGCACCCGAGCGAGGCGACGCACAUCGGUACCGCGCGCAUGGGCGAGACCGAGUCGCAGGCGCCCGGCAUCGGCAUCUUUCACAAGCUCGUCGUCGUCAUCCCGACCUUGGGCAACAACCUCGGCGUGUUCAAGAAGGCCAUCGAGGAGCGAGGGUCGAUCUACAAGAUGCUCCGGCCGACCAUGUUGCGCUACCCGAUGCGCGUGCCCGUCCUUCCUCCUGUCGACGACCGCGCUCCGCCCAAGCCGGCCCCGACCGCCGCACCGCCCAAGCCCGUCGCGCUCAAGCCCGUCGCGCUCAAGCCUGCCACGUCCAAGGUCGUCGCGCCAAAGCGCCCUGCGCCAGACCCGUUCGCCGCGGCGGCCGCCGACAAGCGCAAGAGCGGCGGCGCCGACGUCGCCAACGUCAGCGCCGUCGACCGCACGCCGCGCAAGUCGAGCCAGGCCGGGCCCGUCGUCGCCGAGCCGUCGCCGCCGCCGCUCGCUGUCGACAGCGAGGGCACGAGCCAGGAGGGGGAGGCGCGUCGCCGGCGCAAGGAGGUCGCGCAGCUCGCGGACCUCGCGGUCGGCAGCAGCCCGGUCCAGGCGGGUCCUUUGCGCGAGGGCGAGGGCAAGGGCAAGGAGGGCCGCGCCGAGGACGCGAUGGAGCUCGACCAGGAGUUCGGCGGCGGGCGCGACGAGGACGAGGACGAGGAAAUGGAGGAGACGGCGCACACCGACUCGAUCGUCGAGGAGAGCGUCGAGCUGUACGGCCCGUCGCACAAGAAGGCCGUCGUCCCGGUGUUGACGUCCAAGCCGUCCACUGCGCUCGCCAAGCGCGCCCUGCGCCGCACCGCGUCCGACCUGACCGACCCCGACUCGGCCGGUCGCAACUCGGCGUCGCUCGAGGUCGGCAAGCCUCGUGUCGGCCAUGCGGCGGCGUCUACCUCGGCGGCGACCUCGACGACGAGCAAGAAGGUCGUCGCCGACAAGCCCGCACCGACGCCGUCGACGGCAGCGCCCGCCGGCCAGCCCGAGUUCAAGGUGCCCGCCAAGAAGGUCGCGCGCGCUCAGCGCACGCCGGCCGGGGCCAUCGUCUCUGCGCAUGCGCCGGCGUCCAAGAAGGUCGUUCCCGCAGCCGUCGAGGCGGCAUCGGUCCCGCAGAACGAGUCGGCGCCGACGCACCUGGUCGAGAAGGUCGUCGUCGCCGCACGCGUCGUCGCCCGUCACGAGGACGAUGGCGAGCGCGAGCCGGCGUCGAAGGACGAUGAGUCGGCUCGUGCGGCCGACGGCAAGAGCAGGCCGCGUCGCGCGGCGGCGAGCAAGGCUGAGGCCAAGUUCAAGGGCUCGAAGCGGCGCCGAGCCGACGACGACGCCGAGACGAGCGACGCUUCAGCCGCCGACGCCGACGACGACGGCGAUGACGACAACGUCGACGAGGCGAUCAAGAAGAAGGCGCCAGCUCGCGGCAAGAAGGCGGUCAAGGACUCGGCCGCCGCACCUCCUCCCGCCACCAAGCGCUCCAAGAAGACGCCCGCGCCCGCGCCCGAGCCCGACUCGCCCCUCACGUCCGAGCCGGCGACCGACUACGACGACGAGGGCCCGCUGCACGCGUCGCUGUCGACGACGCGCCGCAGCGAGCCGACGGCCAAGAAGUACGGCCGUCAGCCCAAGGCCGCCGCGCCGGCGGCCAAGAUGCGCAAGGCGGCGACGUCGCGCGCCAAGGUGACGAGCCCGGUCAAGAAGCGCCAGAGCAAGAAGCGCGUCGUCGAGAAGAAGGACGACGAGCAGGAGAGCGAGGGCGACGAGAAGGACGAGGAGACGCCGCGCUCGCGCACGACCAGGUCGAGGGGCGCCGCCAAGAAGAAGAAGGUCGUCGUCCAGUCGCCUCACGCGUCGGCCGCCGAGGACGUCUCGCCGCGCAAGAAGGGCGACAAGCGCGUCUCGGACGACAUUCCGCCACCUCGCGACCUCGACGCCGACGAGCUCAAGCGCGUCAAGGAGUUCGAGGCGCUCAAGAAGCCGCGCAGCAGCGAGGGCGCCCAGAAGGAGAAGGCCGUGCGCUCGUUCUCGCAACUCGUCUCGCGCGACCGCAUCCGUACGCCGCCCGACGAGGUCAUGCCCGAGGCCGAGCCGCUCGGCGGCGUCGGCAGCGAGCACCGGGCCGCCCACAUCGAGGGCGAGGACGACUCGUUCGACCCGGGCUUCUUCCCCGACGACCUCGCCCUCGUCCCUGCGCUCGACGCCCUGGCGCCGUGCCCGCCUCACGCCCAGAACCUCCUCGGCGUCGCCGACCACGGCAACGCUCCGCCCCGCCGCCGCGAGGCCUCGCCUUCGCCGUUCCUCGACCCGGCCAAGGACGAGACGUUCGUCGAGCGGGCCGUGCCCGCGGCCAAGGAGCGCCCGGCCAUCCUCGUUCCCGACAGCCCGCCGCAGGCCGCCGCCGCCGCCGCCAAGGCGAGGGCCGUCACCGCUCCUGCCUUGUCCUCCCCGCACCCUCAGCGCCACCCUCAGCAGCCGCAGCACCCUCCCCCUCGUCCGCCCAAGCCCGUCGUCGAUCCCGUCGCGACGUCGCCGGCGCACGAGCCCAUGCAGGUCGACUCGCCGGCGGGCCCACACGGCGCCGACGACUCGGGCGUGCACUUUGCGCCGCCGCUCGGCGAGCGCAGCGCGGGCAAGACGCCGCACGGUGUGCAGCAUGCCGUGCCCUCGGCGGCGGCGGCGUCCACGACGGCGGCGAGGGCCGGCCCGAGUGCGACGGUCACUCGCGCCGGGCUCGGCGCGCUCCCGAGCGGGCUCAAGUUCUCGGGUCUCGGCCAUGCGGCGCCUACCGCCCCGAACGGUGCCCCGACAACCGCCUCGCGAGCGUUCGAGCCUGCCACGACCGCCGCCGUCGCCGUCGCCGGGCCCAGCUCGGCCCGCCCUGCCUCGGCGUUCACCUUCAGCCCACCUCGCACGUUCACGCGCCCUAACGUCGCACCGACGCGCCCGGCGGCGACGACGGCGGCGAGGACGCCGUGGAGCUGGGCCCGUCCCGAGGUCGACCAGGCGACGCAGGUCGGCGCCUCGCUCGAGACGGGCCACGACGCGCCGCACCAGCACGAGCCGCAGCGCGAGCCUCGCUCGCCGCACAAGGAGCACGCCUACCUCGACGCGGCGUCGCUGCGCGCCAAGGUCGGGCCGCCGCCGCCGCCGCCGCAGCUCGUCCGGCGCCCGUUCGAGGCCGCGCCCCGUGCGGCGCCCGCCGCGUCGAGGCGCUUCGUCCCGGCGACGUCGGCGGCGAGCUACGGCCGCUCGGCACCCGCGGUGCACUCGGCGCAGAGCUCGGCGUCGCGCUCGACGGCGAGGGACCGCUCGUCGUUCUCGCUGCCGGCGUACCGCCCGCUCGGACCUUCGCACGCGCCGCUCCAUGUGGCGCACUACCAGGCCCGUGCGUCCCUCUUGGGCCCGUCGACGUCGACGCCGCGCCGUGCCGCAGGGGGAGGAGCAGGUGGAGGAGGCGCGGCGGUGCCGAGCCCGGCUCGGGCGCAGAAGCAGCAGGCGCGCGCUCAGCAGCAGCCGCAGCAGCAGGAAGGAGGAGAGGCGGACGGGGCGUGGGAGGACGACGACGAGACGCUGCUGCGCUUCUCGGAGGAGUUUGGAAGGGCCCUCGUCGACAAGCAGCGCGAGCGUCGCGAGCGCCGUCGGGCGGUCGUCGAAGCGGGCAUGCGGCGGCACAACGCGAUCGUCGGGCAGUACGUCGACGAGGUCAAGGCUGAAGCCCUCUCCCUCGCCUCGCUCGUCGCGGACCGCGCAGCGCAUCACGCCUCGCAGUGCGCGCCCGAGCACGCGACGACGCGCGCGAUCAAGGACGUUGGCGACAAGGCGAGGGAGAUCAUGCGCUGGGUCGAGGAGGCGGCGGCGGAACUUGGCGACGAGUGA